AUGGCGUUCUGGAGGGUGAAGGAAAAAACUACGGAGCUGGGGAAAGAGAAGGCUGGGAGGGGGCAGGAAGCAAGACGAUGUCUUGAUGUGCUGCUGCUUGCGAGAGAGGCUGAAGAGCUGCUCGUGGCCCUCCACCAGCAAGGACGAUGUCUUGAUGUGCUGCUGCUUGCGAGAGAGGCUGAAGAGCUGCUCGUGGCCCUCCACCAGCAAGUCACCUCUGAACAGAUCGAGCACCUGCACCGGCGAUUCAAGCAGCUGAGCCGGGACCAGCUGACAAUCCGCAAGGAGAAUUUUGACAGCAUCCCCGAUCUGGAAUUCAACCCAAUUAGGGGGAAAAUCGUCCAUGCCUUUUUCGACAAGCGGAACCUGCGGCAGGAGCCAGAUGGGCUGGCGGAUGAGAUAAACUUUGAAGACUUCCUGACCAUCAUGUCCUACUUCAGACCCAUCGAGAUGAACAUGGACGAGGAGCAGCUCGAUCGCUUCCGGAAAGAGAAACUCAAAUUCCUCUUCCACAUGUACGACUCGGACCACGACGGGAAGAUCACGCUGCAGGAGUACAGAAAUGUGGUGGAGGAGCUGCUGUCGGGGAACCCCCACCUGGAGAAGGAGUCGGCGCGGUCCAUCGCCGACGGGGCCAUGAUGGAGGCAGCCAGCAUCUGUGUGGGACAAAUGGGGCCGGACCAGGUGUAUGAGGGCAUCACCUUCGAAGACUUCCUUAAGAUGUGGCAGGGGAUCGACAUUGAAACCAAGAUGCAUGUCCGCUUCCUCAACAUGGAGACCAUCGCACACUGCUACUGACCGCCGGCUCCCUCCUGGGAGCCAGAGGAGGAGGAAGAGGAGGAGGAAGAGGACUCUGCAGCAGCUCCAUGUUCCUGGCACCAAGCGCUUUGUACCCACCCGCGUGCCUGUCCCGUAAUGGGGCUGCC